CUAAACUCUCUCUUGAAUGCUAACCUGAAGGAAAGAAGCAAAAUGGAGCAUCAAUUGCCUUCAACUUCCUCAUUAUUUGACAGCCGCAUCAACUCUGAUGCACAUCUCCAGCGGCGCAAGCAGACGCUCGAAAAGCUUAUGACGCCUAGGGCCGCGGGCGGCACGGGCUACAGCGAAACACAGUCCGACAGGGUCAUCACCAAGAGGGGCUUUAUAGUGCUUAUGGAGCUGCAUCGCAAGAAGUAUCGGCCAGAACGGGUCAGCCAUGAGUUUGUCUGGCUCUCGACCAGGUCAGAGUCCAGCUGCAUUGUCCUUGGGUGGCAGAGUUCCGCGUGGCCCUCCACAAACUCAAGGCCGGCAACGACCUGGCUGAAAGUCGACCAGAGGAGUACGCCACGUUCUGCCAACGUGCCGAUAGCGCGAAGGAGCAAGCACCAAGUCCAAUCGAAUUGGAAGCGAUUCUUGGUGCGAUCUUCGAAGGCACUACGGCGAGGAUUUGGGAUCAAGAUUCGAUCCAGACAUCCGGAGGUUGGUGAACCUGGUCGAGGUCCUGCGAUGCCGGCUGGAGCAUAAGAACAAGCACGCCGCGGAAACUGUCAACUUCCAGACAAAGCAGAUGCUUUCAAAACCACGGUUUCGGACGUCAAGAACCAAGUCACGGAGCUCAACAACGAGCUGCAGAGCCCGCAGUCAAAGUUCGACCGGCUGCAUACCACCUUCUCCAAUCUGGGC